AUGAAUAUUAAACUCUUGAUAAUAUUAAUCGUUUUGCUAUUUAAUGGAGGUAUGCUAUUUAGUGUGAAAUUCUAGUUCUUACUAGUAAAAUCAAAGAAUGCUAAGCAAAAUGUGAUUCAUAAAUAAAUAUCUGUGUUUAUACAUGUGCUUAAUCUCAAUUGAGAUAAUCAUUGGAAAGUUAAGCCAAAUGCAAGAAAAUGUGUGAUACAGUAAAUAAGGAGUGCAAGACUUCUAAAUGCUACUUGGAAAGUUGA